GUUUUAUGUCUUGCAGCCUGAAUCAUUUUGUUCUAAAGAAUGUCCUGAUGGAUUCAUGAAAAAACAGGAAGGAGUCCACAAAUGCUGCUUCAGUUGUACAAUCUGUCCCAAAGGAACUUACCUGAACACUACAGAUCCUUAUAAUUGCAUCGAAUGCGAGGACAAAGAGUGGUCUGCAAAGGGGAGUACAACAUGCAAUAUACGGCAGCUGGAGUACGUCCAAUUCAGCGAUCCUACGGCUAUAGUUAUCAUGAUUGGGACCGUGAUCUUAUUGGCCUUCAUUGUAGCCAUAUCUGUUCUCUUUGCCCUCAACUACAACACACCGGUUGUCCGAUCUGCUGGAGGUCCAAUGUGCUUCCUAAUUUUAGGAUGCCUUGGCCUGUGCAGCAUCAGUGUUUUCUUUUUCUUCGGUGAGCCCAGUGUUGCGUUUUGUGUCUUAAGGUAUUUUCCAUUUCUGUUGUUCUAUACCGUUUGUGUGGCGUGUUUAUUUGCACGCUCCUUUCAAAUUAUUUGUAUUUUCAAAAUAUCACCAAAUUUCCCAAAUAUUUCUAGGAUUUGGACUAAAUAUAAUAUACACUGGAUAUUUAUUUCUGCUGCAUUUUUGCUCCAGGCCAUUUUACUUUUUAUCCCUUCAGGGGUUGCCACAGCAGAUCAGAUUUGCAGGUGGUUUGCAGAGGUUUUUACACCAGAUGCUCCUUCUGACACAACCCUGUAUUAUAUCAGGGCUGAGGACCGGCAAAGGGGAUAA